GAUCGAUUCUGAAUUCUGAGCUCGGAUCCCAUCUCUCACAGCUAUGACAGAGGUUACGAGAAUGAAGCUAAAGGUUGUUAAUCUAGGGUGUAAACGCUGCUACAAGAAGAUCAAGAAACUGCUCUGUAAAUUUCCUGAAAUACGAGACCAGACUUUCAAUGAGAAGGAUGACACCGUGAUAAUCAAAGUAGUAUGCAGCUACCCUGAGAUGAUCAGAACGAAGCUUAUGUGCAAAGGUUGCGGUAUCAUCACGUGUAUCGAGGUUAUACCACCGCCACCGCCACCGACACCGCCACGGCCACCGCCACCGCCACCGCCACCGACACCGCCACCGCCACCGCCACCGCCACCGCCACCUCCACCUCCACCUCCACCUCCACCUCCACCGCCACCUCCAGUACCAGGGUAUCCAGUAAUCAUCUAUCCAAUUAAAGUGUGCUAUAAGUCAUGCUAUGAGGAACGUGGUGGUGGCCCCUGCCACCAUGGAUGUGGGAUUCCGCCCCAACCACCAUCUUAUGAUGGCUGGGUUUCUGGGUGUCGCUGUGGCAGAAGCUAUGGUUGCCGCUGUGAAUUCCUUAGUGAAGAAAAUCCCAUAUGCACCAUCAUGUGAAUCAUACUCCAUCGUGAUUGUCGUUGUCUAGUUUCUUUAGUUCCUCUUCUCAGUUGGGUGUUGAGUCGGUGAUCAGUUCUUUUCGGUUCUUUUCUCGUCCACAACAUAAAGGUUGUAUAGGCCAAUAAUAUUUGUGGACUAAUAGACGUUGAUUUCAUCCUUAGAUGCUUAUAAUUCACUUAAAAAGAAGAAUAAAAAGAUUAUCAAAAGCACCUUUUGUAAGGGCCCUUUGGAAGACGCCCUGAAUGUUUCAAUCCUCAGAAUACCCCACAAGGUACUGGUAUGGAACUCUGGUACUGGAGAAUUCUGCAACCAUUUGUGAACUUUAUGAUCUUUCAGGUUCUAUACAAUUCUGCAAGUCAAUGUCUCAUGUAUCUGCAUUCACUACGUACACAAACAAGUAUUUUCUUGAUGAUUGUA